GCAGGUGAUCGAGUGAGUCAACAAGGAAGAAAAUUGCUCUAUCUACUUCUUGAAGAGGGUUCUCAGGAAACUGGGGCUGGGAGGCCCAGGUUACAGGGCAGUCAUAAAUAGCCAGUGCCUGCCCAGAAAACUUUAGUUUGCCUGGAGAUUCUGGAGCUCUAGAGGACGCAACUAGACUCCCAGGAUCCCUGAGGAAGUGGUGGAUUCAAAAGUGAAGACAGGAGCUCCUGCUGUGGUAUGGGAUCAGCGGCGCGUCUGGACAUGCUUCUCCUCCCUCUCUCCGUGCUGAUCCUGCUCACACAGCCCCCGAGGUCACUGGGAGCAGAAAUGAAGACCUAUUCCCAGAGAGCAGUGGCCAACGCCUGCGCCCUGGUCAUGUGUAGCCCCAUGGAGAAUGGCCUGCCUGGUCGUGAUGGUCGGGAUGGGAGAGAGGGCCCUCGGGGCGAGAAGGGGGAUCCAGGUUUGCCAGGAGCUGUAGGGCGAGCGGGGAUGCCUGGACUGGCUGGCCCAGUUGGGCCCAAAGGGGACAACGGCUCUACUGGAGAACCCGGAGCAAAGGGAGACAUUGGACCAUGCGGGCCUCCAGGACCUCCAGGUAUACCUGGUCCAGCCGGAAAAGAAGGUCCCUCAGGGCAGCAGGGGAACAUAGGACCUCCAGGCACACCAGGCCCCAAAGGAGAGACUGGGCCCAAAGGAGAAGUGGGUGCCCUGGGCAUGCAGGGCUCUACAGGGGCAAGAGGCCCUGCAGGUCUUAAAGGAGAGAGAGGUGCCCCCGGUGAGCGUGGAGCCCCUGGAAGUGCUGGGGCAGCAGGGCCUGCUGGAGCCACGGGCCCUCAGGGCCCUUCAGGUGCCAGGGGCCCCCCAGGACUGAAAGGGGACAGAGGUCCUCCUGGAGAAAGAGGAGCCAAGGGAGAGAGUGGACUCCCAGGCAUCACUGCUCUGAGGCAACAGGUGGAGACCUUACAGGGGCAGGUACAACGCCUCCAGAAGGCCUUCUCUCAGUAUAAGAAAGUGGAGCUCUUCCCCAAUGGCCGAGGUGUCGGGGAGAAGAUCUUCAAGACGGGAGGCUUUGAAAAGACUUUUCAGGAUGCUCAGCAGGUAUGCACACAGGCCGGGGGACAGAUGGCCUCCCCACGCUCUGAGACUGAGAACGAGGCCUUGAGCCAGCUGGUCACAGCUCAGAAUAAGGCUGCUUUCCUGAGCAUGACUGACAUCAAGACGGAGGGCAAUUUCACCUACCCCACGGGGGAGCCCCUGGUCUAUGCCAACUGGGCCCCUGGGGAGCCCAACAACAAUGGUGGCAGCAGCGGAGCAGAGAACUGUGUGGAGAUCUUUCCCAAUGGCAAGUGGAAUGACAAGGCCUGCGGAGAACUGCGCCUCGUGAUCUGCGAGUUCUGAGCCCCUGGGGAGGGAGGGGCGGUGUCCAGAGCUGUGUGCUACCAACGUCCCAAUAAAUAGGUGACCUUCUGCUGGCCAGGGCUUCUCCACAGAGCCGUGGGACGAGGCCAGAAGGUAGGGAGCCUAUGGAACGCCUCCCUCAGAAUAAAGUACGAAACUGGCCUCACACUGGGAAGACCUGUCAGAGGAAGGAGGGGCCAGCCCGCUUUCCUAGGUGCGAGGGAUAAAAUGAGACCUCCCUGUUGUAAAAUCCAGGGUCUCUGCCUCAGCCCUCCAUUGCCUCCAGCUAUCGGCCACAGUCAACCCAGGGGAUCACGCCCUCCUCCUUCCCUUUUCCUCUUUGUGGUUUCUAGGACGACCAUUCUCACUUGCUAUCUUUUAUCCUCCUGGCUGCUCCGCAUCAGUUGCCUUUGCAGGCCUCUUCUCCUCUUCUGGACCACACCAUGGAGGACCGCUGGAACUUCAACUCCGGUUCCCUUCUCUCCUUAUACUCCAUGCUUGAGCUCAUUCUGUACGAUGACUUUACUUUUUUUUAUUUUUUAUUUUUUUUUUGUCUUUUUGUCUUUUUUAGGGCUGCACCCAAGGCAUAUAGAGGUUCCCAGGCCAGGAGUCUAAUCGGAGCUACAGCUGCUGGCCUAGGUCACAGCCACAGCAACACCAGGUUCAAGCCCGCAUCUGUGACCUACACCACAGCUCACAGCAAUGCUGGAUCCUUAACCCACUGAGCGAGGCCAGGGAUGGAACCCACAACCUCAUGGUUCCUAGUCAGAUUUGUUUCUGCCGCGCCACCACGGGAACUCCUGUACAAUGACUUUAAAUUCCUUCUACUGAUGGCUUCCCAGGUGGAUCCCUGUUCAGAACCUCUCCCUGAGUCCCAGAUUCCUCUAGCCAAUGCAAGCUGGAGCCCCGGGGCUGGGAGGUCUCAGUGGCUGCCUCUUGCUUCAAGCCCUGAGCCUUGGAGGCUGCACAGUAAGGAGGCAUAACCUAGCAGGGAGGCACCUGCCUCUCCAGCCAGACUACAUGACUACAUGGCCUCACACCCCUGCAUCCUUAACUACUCAGGAUCCCCCUCUAUCCAUGUUAGCGUGACCACCCUUGGCUCAUGCGAGAGCAUACCAUCUGCAUAAUCCUAACCCCAUCUGUAUAAUCCUAAUCCUGAAAUCUCAGGCCCAGAGGAUGUGCAGCCAUGUUCCAACUCAUCCCCAAACCUCCUCCUGCCUGGCGGUUACAGGGAUGUUCUUCCCUGCUGCCUUGGAGAUAAUCUAGUCUAAUCUUCCUCCUCGUUUUAUGGACAUAGACACCAAGACAGUGAGGGAGGGGACUUACACAGGUAGUAUCAGUGCCACAGCUCACUUGUGAAAAAGGCCAUCUGAUCCCCAAGCUUGUACUUCUGGCUUGCACAUUUUUAGGCUGAAGGUCUCUAUGUAUUAGAGUUCCCUGGUGGCUCAGUGGGUUAAGGAUCCAGCAUUGUCACUGCGGUGGCUCAGGUAAGUGCUGUGCCUGGAUUGGAUCCCUGGCCUAGGAACCUCCAUGUGCCUUGGGGGCAGCCAAAUAAAAACAACAAUGAGAUCUCUGCAUAGUUGACUUUAUUGACACACUACAGCAAAAAAAGGUUUCAAUGGCACAUGUGCUAAAGAAAUUGGAAUGAUGUCGCAGGCUCAUGGAGGGGGCAAUGGAUAUCCCUCCCCUAGUCAGGAAACCACUCUUUCCUUUGUUCCCAGGGAUCAGGAGGACUGGCCUCUCUGGCCCUUUCUGAAUGGGACCUCCAAGCCCUACCCCCUUCCCAACACUCUUGUAGCACUUCACUUAUAGGACAGCAUGUCUGAAAACAAAAGCCACACCUCUCAGAAGCAUGCAGUUAAGCGCCCUUCUAAGAUUUUUCUCCUGCUACUGAAAAAAAAAAAAAAAAUCAAAACCCAAUUCCUGGCAUCUUCUGAAACAUAAGCAGUUAUACAAUGAUGAGCAAACAACUCUCCAGUACAAAUGCCUUGCUUGGGUACACUUAUCAAGGGAGUUUAGAAAGGUCUGUUUUUAUUGCAAAUAGGAAAAAACAACUGGAUCCAGGUAAGCUUUUUUUUUUUUUUUUCUCUGAGAAGAGAGAAUUUUGAAUAAUUCAAGAAGGACUGGUGAGGGGGUGGAGGGUGGUGCAUAGGCAAUGUCAUGCCAACUCUCUGGCUUCUGCCUCUCUCUCUUCUCACUUCUUUCCCUCCUUUACAUGCCAACCUCCUCUGCCUCCAGCUCUCUCAACUGCCCAACAUAGUGAAUCGUGUGUCCCAAAGAUCAGGAACUCUUGCCUGGUAUCAAUUCAAAACUCUGUGGAAAUGCACCUGCUCGCCUCAGGUAUAUCUCUGGUACAAUCAACUAAUCCUGGCAGAGAGGGGACCACAAGGUACAGUAUGGCCACUGGGAUCCAUGUGAGGUCAUGGUGGUCUGGGCAAAUGCUCUAUAAGUGAUCACUAUGCAUCCCAGUAUGUAAAACAAGUCUAUUUCUUGAUAAGAGGGAAAGAGUGGCAGAACUAUGGAUUCCAUGGGAAGGGAAAAAAAAUCUAUGAUGUUGAAGGCUAGGAAUGCUGAGACCCUCAAAACCUAGGAAGAAUCUUCAGGUCAACCUAAACCAUGGGCCAUGGGGGUCUGGUUUGCGUUCCAACACAGAGAGCAAGUAAGAAGGGUUAUUUAAGCUCUGCAGGCAAUCUGAUUAAAGCAGCGGAUUGAGGAAAGUAUUUCAGAAAAUGCAGGUCCUUACCAAUUUUUGAGCACAGAGGUCUUUCCUAGGCCAACACUCAUAGGCAAAGGUCAACAUAGAUUUUAAACAGCAUCAGCCCCACCCCAGCCAUAGUAGCCAUGGUCCCUGGUUUAGUACCCUAGGUGUCGAGUGAAGCCAGAGCUAUAUAACUCUCACAUUCUCAAGAGAUGUUGGCAUCUCUUGGUGACAUCAUGGGAACACUCUGAAUCCUUCCAUGAAUGGAAGGGGGACAACCAUAGCAGUUUCAUAGGGAAGCCCCUUGUUUUAUAGUAUAUUCUCAAGUCGCCUCCUGAUUCUCAACCCUUCUGUCACCACAUCAGCCCACAUCCCAUACUGAACAUCCUGUGGGAAGCCCUCUAAUGUUUACUUUUCUAGGAUCCUGUCUUUGUUCUGAAUUUCCUUCAUAUAAAACAUUGAUAUUUGAGUCACUUA